GCUCGCUUUGUCUUCUCUGAUCAGGGUAAUUGAAUAUUUACAUUUUUCCCGAAAAAUAGAUUGACCUUAACCUAGGCAACAAUCGGCUAGUGUGGAAGUGCCGUGGUUCCAAUGUGAACAGGACAUACAAGAAAUGAACACCGAAAUCUGCAGUUCCAGUAAACUGAAUACUUUGGUUACAAAACUUCAUGAGUUCUUGGAACAUUCUUCAGAAGAGGAAAUUAUUGGAUCCCAGCUUCCUGAAAUCUCUAAUGGUAAAAUGGCCUCAAACAACUCAAGCACCGCUGACCAAAUAAUGGACAAGCCUUGUAGCUCCACUGAAUCCAUGAAGGCCACAACUUCCAGAUCGAAGCGGAAACCGUCUGUGGUGACCAAACACACUGGUUUAGACGAGUCAGACACCUCUGAUGAGGCCGGGCAGGAGGAAUGUUCGACGGACGGCGCCCUGGAUGUGAACAGCCUGCCCAAAGGGACGGUGGUGGUGAAACCGGAACCGGUGGAAAGUGAAGCCAAAGACGACUUUCGAGGCCCCGAGUUCCGGAACAGAAGCGCUUGUAAAGUCAAAGGAGAGUCUCACAGGAGACGGUUUGAUGAGAAUCUUCAAGAGCGAGUGACUUGCACAGCGUGUGGUCAGCAAGUCAACCAUUUUCAGAGAGACUCUGUCUAUCAGCAUCCUGCCCUGAAAGUUCUUAUCUGCAAGUCCUGUUUCAAAUAUUACAUGAGUGAUGACAUCAGCAAGGAUGAGGAUGGAAUGGAUGAACAGUGCAGGUGGUGUGCUGAGGGAGGCAACCUCAUUUGUUGUGACUUCUGUAGCAAUGCCUUCUGCAAAAAGUGCAUUCUGCGUAAUCUGGGGCGGAGGGAGCUGUCGAGCAUCAUGGAAGCGGAGAGCACAUGGUACUGCUAUGUGUGUAGCCCAGAGCCCCUGCAGAACCUUGUGACUGCCUGUGAGAAAGUCACGCAGAACCUGGAGUUCCAGAGGAUAAAGGCCAAAAUGGAGAGCGACAAAGCCAGACGCGAAGACCGAAAACACAAACACGGCAAACGGGACAAAGCCGCUUCGGACAGGAAAGAGCGCCACUCGGACGGGUCGGGGAGCCUGUCGUUCUCCUACAAGGUGCUUAAGGUGCCCAAAGAGCUGGCCAAGAAGACGAAAAAGCUGAUUGACACGACGAAUGGCUUAAAUAAGACGUUUGUGCUGUUCUUGCAGCAGUCGCAGCCCAAACCAGGGGAACAGACGCUCAGAUACAGGCAUCUGAAAGCUUUCAAGUCUGUCUUGUCUGACCUGAAAAAGGCUCACUUGGCUCUGGAAGAAGCCCUGGAGGAGGAGUUCAGAGACUUGGAGAUGCAGAACGGAGAGGAGCACGGCUUAGCCGACAGCCAGAGUGCAGAUGAGGUCGUGCCUCACAGGGACCCCAAAAAUCCCCCCAGUGAGAGAAACGAUGGUUUAAACAGCACUGCAGACCGUGAGGCCGAGGUCAGUGACGGUUACAGUAACAGUCGUGCCGCUGAUUCAGCUAAUGUCGAGAUGAAGGCGAGUCCAGGGCCUUUGCUCGAGGACACUGAGUGUUUGAAUGAAGAGAACGAAGCAGAAGAGAAGAUGGUGAAGACUGAGGUGGACCGCGACUGCGAGGAAACGUCCAUGUCAGCAGACAUCGUCUCCAUACCCCCCACCGUCCCGGAGGAACUCUUCGAAAUGGUGGAGAGUUUGGCCGACUCCACGAGGCACUUGGAUGGAAACGACUCGAAUAUCAGCGAGGCCAGCGUCGUGAAGACGGAACCGGAACCGGAACCAGAACCAGAACCAGAGUCGGAAUCCGGAAAGAAUUCCUCCUCCUCCCCCUCCUCGUUUGGGAAAAAGCUGGUUGUGAAACUGACCCCCGUUCCUCUGAGGUGUAUUUUAAGAAAAACAGGGGACGGAGAGCGUAGCAGCAGAACCGGAGACUUGUCCCCAGAGGACGGGCCGGAGAGCAGGCGCUCCCCCAGGACCAAGACCACGCCCCUGCGCAAGUCUGUCGAGGGAAGGACCAAGGAUAGACCGAGCGCCUCCGGGAAAAACGGCAGUAGUAACAGCGUCGGUAAAGAAAAGGCGGACGCCUCGGGGGAAGGCGGGUCGGGAGAGGAGGCCGCGGCGAAGACCUCGGCGGUUCCGAUGGAGUCCGACUCUGACGAAGUUCCCGAGGUGCUGCUGCAGAUGACAGGAAUGGACGUCAGCUCGGACGAGAACGAGAACGAGAGCAAGAGCGACUCUGAAGUUUCUGGAAACGGAGCCAAGGGCAAGAGCUUACCCAAGCCCGACAAGCCGUCUUCCCGGCCUUCCGAGAAGCCGGUCAAACGCAAACUCAAAACGAGCUCCUCGGAUUCCGACCGGGGCGGAAAAUCAUCCGCAUCCAAGAGGGCGUCCAAGAAAAGCAAACUCAACGCCUCUCACUCCUCAAACUCGGACUCGGAUUUAGAGAAGGAGAUCAAGAGGCUGAGUAAGCUGGGAGCGGGGAAGAGGGCCUCCAGGAAGGGGAGGAAACAGAGUGAGGAGAACAAGACGACCGAGGAGAAAAGCCCUCAGAGGGAGAAGAGGUCAUACGAGCGGGUACGGAGGUCACACAAAGCGAAGCAAAACGCGAAUAAAAACUCCUCGUCCAGCGAGGACGAAGACGAGGAGGAGGAGGAUGAGAAUGAGGAGCAGGCCGCGGACUCUGGAGAGGAGAGCGGAGAUCGGCAGAAGAUGAAACCGAUUCUGGAGUCUGUAAUGACAGGCCUCGACACAUUCCACCAGUCCUCAGGAGAGGAAGCCGAGACCAAAGGCGUGGCCUCUCAGAUGGUUGACGAUGACGACGACCCGGAGAAUAGAAUCGCAAAGAAAAUGUUGCUGGCACAAAUUAAUGCCAGUUACUCGUCGGGAGCAGAGAGCUCCUCGGAAAACGAGGACUCCAACAAGGAAGACGGCAAGUCCUCGAAGAAGACUUUAGACGACGAUGGUGAUGAAGACGACGAUGGUGAUGAAGACGAGGAUGAUGAAGCUGAGGAGAAAGGGGACGAUGAGGAGGCGUCUGACUCUGGCUCAGACAUCGAUAUUAAAAAGGGGGGACGCCGGCACCGUCUGCUCUCCAAAAAACUGACCCUUAGUGAGGGCGAAUCCGGGGACGAGAAACCAGCCACGGGAAAGAAAAACAUGAAGAGGAAAGGGCGACGGAAAAUGGACAGUGACGACUCUGCGGAUUCGGACUUUAAGGAGUCGCGUUCGGCUUCCAGCAACGAGUCAGCGCUGAGUGAGGCAGUGAGUGACUCUGAAGGGGAGGGCAAUCGACGCAAAACCCGGUCUUCAAAGAAAUCAGAGAAGGAGAAGGAGAAAGAGAAAGGUCAGAAGAAGAAGAGGCGCCGUAUCAAAGUUCAGGACUCUUCAUCUGACAAGAGCGGUGAGGAAGAGGACGGUGAGGGCGAUGACAAGGGCACGCCGAAGGGCCGAAAGAAGAUCCGAAAGAUCAUAAAGGACGACAAACUGCGGUCGGAGACGCAGAACGCCCUGAAGGAGGAGGAGGAGCGACGAAAGCGCAUCGCGGAGAGAGAGGAGCUGAGGAAGAAGCUCCGAGAGGUGAUUGUUGUGGAAGAGUCGUCUCAGGUGGUCUGUCCCAUCACCACUAAGCUGGUGCUGGAUGAAGAUGAGGAGACGAAGGAACCUAUGGUGCAGGUCCACAGGAACCUGGUCACCAAACUCAAACCCCACCAGGUCGACGGAGUGCAGUUCAUGUGGGAUUGCUGCUGUGAGUCGGUGAAGAAGAGUAAGACAGCUGGUUCCGGCUGUAUCCUGGCCCACUGUAUGGGUUUGGGCAAAACCCUACAGGUGGUGACGUUCCUCCACACCAUGUUGCUGUGUGAGAAGCUGGACUUCAGCACGGCGCUGGUGGUCUGUCCCCUGAACACCGUGUUGAACUGGCUGAACGAGUUCGAGAAGUGGCAGGAGGGGAUGAAGGAUGAGGAGUCUUUAGAGGUGACGGAGCUGACCACUCUGAAGAGACCUCAGGAGAGGGCGUACGCUCUGCAACGCUGGCAGGAGGACGGUGGCGUCAUGAUCAUCGGCUACGAGAUGUAUCGCAACCUCACCCAGGGCCGCAACAUCAGAAGCAAGAAGCUGAAAGAGACCUUCCGCAAGACUCUCGUCGACCCUGGUCCAGACUUCGUCAUCUGUGAUGAAGGUCACAUACUGAAGAACGAGGCCUCGGCUAUCUCGAAAGCCAUGAACUCCAUCCGGACCCGGCGCCGGGUGGUUCUGACCGGCACUCCGCUGCAGAACAACCUCAUUGAGUACCACUGCAUGGUGAACUUCAUUAAGGAGAACCUUCUGGGCUCGGUGAAGGAGUUCAGGAACCGUUUCAUCAACCCCAUUCAGAACGGGCAGUGCGCCGACUCCACGCCCAGCGACGUACGCGUCAUGAAGAAACGCGCUCACAUCCUCUACGAGAUGCUGGCAGGUUGUGUCCAGAGGAGAGACUAUACCGCUCUGACAAAGUUCCUGCCACCAAAGUAUGAGUAUGUGUUGGCAGUGAGGGUGACGCCCAUCCAGUGUAAACUCUAUAGGUACUACCUGGAGCACUUUACAGGUGUUGGUUCUGCCGUGGAGGGGGGAAGAGGACGGGCUGGAACCAGACUCUUCCAGGAUUUCCAGAUGCUCAGCAGAAUCUGGACCCAUCCCUGGUGUCUGCAGCUGGACUACAUCAACAAAGAAAACAAGAGAGACAGAUAUGUCGAUGAAGACAGCAUGGAUGAAUUCAUAGCGUCUGAAACAGAAGAGUCCUCCAUGAGUUUGACGUCUGAGGAUGAAAAACCCAAAAGGAAGAAGAAAGGCGGUAAGGGGAAGAAGCACAGCUCUGACAGUAAUGGGUCAGACAGUGACGACCUGGAAGUGAUUAAGGAGUGGAACACUAGCUCCCGUGGCGGGAACCCGGAGGGUCGUAACAGGGCCGAACCUGAGGAGGAUGUUCCAGCCACGUCCAGCUCAGUGCCUGGCAGCCCAGCUCUCGACUGGUACAAGGAGUUUGUCGUGGAGGCAGAUGCUGAGAUUCUGGAACAUUCUGGAAAGAUGGUGCUCCUGUUCGAGAUUCUCCGAAUGGCCGAGGAAGUUGAAGAUAAAGUAUUGGUGUUUAGUCAGUCGCUGAUUUCACUGGACCUGAUUGAGGACUUCCUGGAGUUGGCCUGCAGAGCUAAAGAGGAAGGGAAGCCCUCUCCGUACAAAGGAGAGGGGAAGUGGUUCCGAAACAUCGACUACUACCGCCUGGACGGGUCCACCAACGCCAUCACCAGGAAGAAGUGGGCCGAGGACUUCAACGACACCAGCAACGUUCGGGGACGGCUGUUUCUCAUCUCCACGAGGGCGGGGUCACUGGGGAUUAACCUGGUGGCCGCAAACAGGGUCAUCAUAUUCGACGCCUCGUGGAACCCGUCCUAUGACAUCCAGAGUAUAUUCAGAGUGUACCGCUUCGGCCAGCUGAAGACAGUGUUUGUCUACAGGUUUUUGGCUCAGGGAACAAUGGAGGAGAAGAUCUAUGACCGUCAGGUGACCAAACAAUCGCUCUCGUUCCGUGUGGUGGACCAGCAGCAGAUAGAACGUCACUUCACCAUGAAUGAGCUAACGGAACUUUACACGUUUGAGCCGGAUAUGCUGGACGACCCGAACUCGGAGAAAAAGAGUAAGAGGGCCACGCCCAUGUUACCCAAGGACCCGGUUUUGGCCGAGCUGCUGCACAGCUUCAAAGAGCACAUCGUGGGAUACCACGAGCACGACUCCCUGCUGGACCAUAAGGAGGAGGAGGCGCUCAGCGAGGAGGAACGCAAGGCUGCCUGGGCCGAGUACGAGGCAGAGAAGAAGGGUCUGUCCCUACAUAUGAACGCUCACGCCGGGAUGGCAGCGGCCAACUACAUGCCCUACUUCCCCUUUAACGUGGCAGCUCUGGAGUCCAUGACCAACCAACAGCUGGAGGACCUGAUUAACCAGGGCAGGCAGAAGGUUCUGGAAGCAACCAACGCCCUGAAAACCCUGCCCAGAGAGCCUCUGGAGGAGAUCAUUGGACGACUGUGGAGGGAGAACCCGACGCUGACUGAGGCCCAGGUCCAGUCCAUGGCUCUGGGGCGUGAGGCCAGCUUAGAGCUGGAGCGCAAACACCGCGAAGCCGUGUACCGAGACGUCGUCGCCAAACAGCAAACGUUGAUGAUAUAUGUGCAGAAGGUGGUGGCCAACAGGAAGGUGCGGGAGCAGCAGCUUGCUCUGGCCAAUCAGGGUCUCCUGAUGAACCAGCUGGUUCGGCAGAAUGGGAUGAUUGGUCCGGCCGGGCUCAGUCAGAUGGAGUUACUGGGUCUGUACCAGCAGCUGGGCGCGCUGCAGGGCCUUCCCACGCCCCAACUGGGCAAAAACCCUGGACCCUCCCAGGGUCUGUAGACAACCCCACUCCUCCCGCGUCACGCCCCUCUGUCCGGGGGCCCGGCGGACCGCGCCCUCCGCCGGGCGGGCACGAUGAGGAAACUCGCGGAGCUCUUCUCCACCUGCAGCGGGGGUCGGCGAAUGUCGGAGGACUUUGUAAAGGAGGUUUUUCACUUUAGUUCGGACUCGUGUACAUAUGGCCUUAAUGUUAUUCAAGUUCUACUGUUUUUUCCACAUAUUUAAACAAAGAAACGAAAAUGUUCUCCCCUAGAUGCUUUUGAGCAUUGCUUUAUUCUGUAGCCCUUUAAUGAGGGCUGUGGAUUAUAUGAUUUGUUGUUGUUUUUAUACACUUUGAAGAGGAAAAAGAAAAACAAAACCCAAUUAUAAGUAAACAUAAGCGGGACCAUAGUGUUGCUUGCAACAGAUUUCUAUGAUGUAAAGAUCUAGAAAGUUCUAUCCCCAAAACAGAUGCUUUCUGCGCCAACAUAUUCCUGCUCAACGGUGCCGAGAUGUCCAGUACUUGCAGAAAAAGCUUUGUUCUAACACUUUAAAAGUCAUGGGUUUCAAGUGAUGGCCUUACACAGCUCCCCUGAAUCAUCUGUAGUGUUGUUGUUUUCCAGCGGCACUGAACACUCCCCUCCUCUCUCCGCGUCGUUUUAAUGCAUUUGCGUUUUGUUGUCGCUGAUCAUUCUAUGGGAAUGCCUGUGUUGUUAGACCUGCUUGCUGGAAAAAAACAAAAAAAACAAAAAACAAAAACAAAACCCUCUGGACUUUUUAAACCUCAAAUUCUUGUCGUAAAGUGUUGCCUAGCAUAGUGUUGUGCAUAUUGUCCCAUUGGUUUUUUGCUCCACUUGUGUUGUGUUUGAAUCCUGAGCCGAGGUCGGACCGG